AUGGACACUUCGGAUGACGAAUCCAAUAUGUCGGAUAUUCUUACAACCGAAAGACCGUCGCAUCUACAGUCACUCUUCCAGAAUGAUUGGCUUAGCUUAGAUAGCCGCCAGAAAAAUGGGCAACCACAGGAACGCCGAGAGAGAGCAUCUGCGAAUUUGCUGGAUGCCGCGAGAGAAGCUCUUCAACGUUUGAUUCCGCCAAAGGAUGAAGUAGUUCAGAUUUAUAAAUCUGCAUUUGAUUGGCUGAGGAUUCUUCACGCUUUGCUACCUCAACCACUCAUCGCUCGAUCUGAAAAGGAAGCACUGGAUAAUUAUGAGAAGAUGAAAGAACCAAAUGUCGACACUAUGACCCUCGCCUCGUGGAUGCUCACACUAGCAAUCACUGCUCAGCAAACACCCCAAGUUCGCGCACACACACCUGGCCGAUCUGGAGAAAUUAUGAAGCGGUUUGAACUUUCCCGAAUCAUAUCAGAUACUGUGGAGAGGACCAUUGUCUCUCAUGAUCGGCUGCUAGGCACGACAUCUGGGGUUAUGCUAUGCUUGCACUGGACUCGACUCCAAUUGCCCCAAGGUAAUUUCCAAAAAGCAUGGGUUCGGCUUCGACAUGUUGGCGCGAUCGCCGAGCUGAUGGGACUACCGAGAGCAUCCCAAGCUGCCCAGCGCAACGGGUCAUCCGCAACAAAUGACGAUAAUAACCAAAUUGGAAAAGCUCAAUUAUGGGAAAUGAUAUGUUCUGCAGACAGACUUUUAGGAAUGAUUCUAAACCUUCCUCCAGACAUGCGCUGGCAGAGGCAUAUCAAGGACGAAUCAAUAACGAUCAACGGUGUUGUUCAGCCUGGGUUAUAUUUCACGAAGAUCGUGACACUUGCUGGCAAGAUUCAAUCUUUGGAUGAGUUAAACACAGCACGCGGAAGUACAGCUGAGCUUUCGAAGUCCACCUUUGAAUUGAUCGAAGAGCUCAGAUUGCUUGCCUCUCAGGCUCCAGAAUCCUGGUGGACCAAGCAGGUGGACGUGGACCGUAUCGAACCCGAUGACAUAGUUCAGGCUAUACACCACUAUUUGAUUUUGAGGGCUUAUAUGCCACUGACCUUGCGCCAAGAUUCAAGCGAAGGGCCUUUCGAUACUCAGUUCGCUUGUUUUAAGGCAUGCGAAUCAGUGAUCCUGCGGUAUUUGGUCCUUCUCGAGGCGCUGCCUCCUGGAAUCUUCCUCUACACGAUGAUGGAGCUGCAUACUUUCACCGCCACGGUAGUUCUUAUCCUACUUUCCCAUACACCUAAAACCAAUCACCAAUUCAGUCUGUUUGUGGAUAAGGCAAAAACUGAAAAAGAAGUGGAAAAAGUCAUUAAUCUCAUGCGCAGAAGAAUCAGCAAUAGUCCCACUUCACGCAUUGCCGAGAGUGCGGUUGAUACCUUAUCUUCUUUGACCAGUCUUCUCAAAGAAGAGGAGAACACCACUCAAGGGCGCAAAUUAAUGAUAGACGUCCCUCUCUUGGGGAAAGUACACAUCCAGCGCAAUGUCCGAGCACCUCGGCUACCCACAAUGGAAAAUAUCGAGCCACCGCAGACUUCUUUGAGAUCGAACUCGAGGACGUCAAGUCAACAACUCCUCCCGCCUCUCGGUAUGAAUCCACCUUCGUCGAGCGUGCAGGAUGUUCAGCAAUGGGAUGACCUCUCGUGGUUCAUUGAAGAAGACCCUGCCUACUUCCUUCAAGAUGCCCUAAUGUCAGACACCUUUGGUCAAAAUUUCCUCUUAAGUAACGGAUUUGGCGAAUUUUCAUCAUACAAUUAA